AUGAAUAAACUUUUCGCACUUUUUUUGGCCUUUGGACCAUUUUUCGCAUUGGCAGUAGGCCCAGUAGUCUUCGAUAAACCAUUACUCGACAAAAAAGAUGACAGGUUUGUAGGAGUUGUACACGGAAAAGCAUCAGUUACAGAACUCGGUACAGCGAAAAACGCAAGAUUUCUAUUCCUCGUGCCUAAAUUGGGUGCCGACUUUAAACCCGGCUUUAAAUCUGGCCUCACCCCAAAGGUCCUCGACUUCCUUAAAGUCGAUGACGGAGAGGUUCUGCUCGAAGUGUUGGGUUUCUCAGACUGCAAGGAGUGGUUCGCAGUUGGUGUAAAAAAAUUGGUCGGAGGCGCGGUCUUCGAAAAGUUCCUACAUGGCGCUAAAGGCGGAGUUCAUACUUCGCUCCUAGGUGCCGACGGCCUGGUCGACUUCCUCAAGGGCAAGCUGACAUCGGGUCUCUUUAACGACCUCUACAAAUUGUUGCCAACACACCUCGUAGUACUCAAACUCCAUAAAGCCUAUGCCCAUCUGUUGUAA